AUGUCGGACAAAGUGAGAAAGGGGGUGCCGGCCGCUGAGAACAUCCCUUGGCGGCUUGUCUACCCCGUCGAUGUGCAAAUUCAUUCUUUCAUGCUGCUCAUGGCAGCGAUCAUCUUCAGCAACGGCAUCCUCGGUGACAUGACUUUCGAUGACCACCUCGCGAUUGAUAAAAAUGCUGACGCGUGGGCAAACAAGACCUCGCUCGGCUCCAUCUUUUACAAUGACUUCUGGGGAAAGCCGCUCGACCGCUUCGAGUCAAACGGGUCGUACCGUCCUAUCACCGUGCUAACCUUUCGCAUUCAGCACUGGUUGAUGGGCUACCGCCACAGCCCAGCCUUCCUCCACGGCUUGAAUUACACUGUCGCGUACCUCAACGUGUGCCUUGUCUUUUAUCUCGCCCGCCUGUACGUCUACGUGGUGGUGCCCAGGGCGGUACUCUCCGUUGAGAAUGCCAAAGCACAGUCCUGCAUGGCUGUGCUGACCACUCCUGUUCAUGUGGUGCCGCUGAUGGCGGCUCUGCUGUACCUCGUGCACCCCGUCCAUGUCGACGCCGUCACGUCCAUCGUGGGGCGGUGUGAGCUGCUUUACUGCUUCUUUGGACUGAUCGGAUUCUUUGGCAUCCACAGGUAUCUGAACCAAGUUGAUGAGCUGAUUGACGCAGCCUCAGUGACUGCAGCCGUCUCGAGUGCCUCUCCAAAGGUCAAGGCGUUGUCGGCCACCGCUACAGCAGCGAAACAAGUUCACAGGGAGCUCAAACAGCAGGGACACUCACGGCAGCGCAUUUUUACCGCUCGCUACGUCGUCUUCGCGGCGUACGCGCUCAUCAUCAGCAUUCUGUGCAAAGACAGUGCCAUUACUUUCACUGCCAUCUAUGGUGUUCACGCAUGCGUCAUGUACGCCUGUGGACGGUGCAAGGGAUUCCGGUCCUUGCUCGUCAUUGGUGUGGCGGUACUGGAGCUGGCCAGCUACAUAGUCUUCCGUCGAAAGUUCAUUGGCAAUGUUGACAUGCGUAAGAACCCCUUGUUACGCCAAACAGAAAACCCGCAGUACUUCGUGCCGAAAGGUCUGUUUCACUGGCUCAGCAUUCGGUGGCUGAUUCAGGUGAAGAACUUGGAGCUGCUCUUCUUCCCCACGUCAUUGUGCUGCGAGUACAGCUUCAACUGCAUCCCGCACAUGCACGACCUGAAGGACCCUCGUGUGCCCUACUCCUUAAAGGUCACUGGUGCUGCCGUGGUGACACUGCUAGGCCUCCUGUAUGGCACGUUUGCGUCCCGCUCUCGCGUGGCGCUGGUAGGCCUCGUUGGGUUCCUCUGGAUAGCAAUCCCGUACGCUCCGGUUAGCCACCUCUUCAUCGCCGUUGGCACCUUCAUAGCUGAGCGCUGUCUGUACGUGCCAUCUAUCGGCGCGGUGCUACUCAUCACCUUUAUCGUGGCCGCCCCAGGGCUUCGCGAGGGGGUCGUUCCUCGCUACUUCUACACACUGUUGCUUCUGUGCGUUGGCUGGGGUAUCUUCUCCCGCCGGCGCAACGAGGACUGGUGGACGGACGAGCGCCUGUUCCGCUCCGCGAUGCGGACAUGCCCGAACAGUGGCAAAGUCUACUCACAGUUAGCGGCGCUUGUCUCAAGUCGCGAGCAGCGCAUCACCCCCGAGGUUGUUGAGCUGGCCGAGCGCUCGGUUGAGUUAGACUCGAAGCUGCGCGACGGCUACUACUACUUGGCGGUGCACGAGGUGAACGACAACCACAACAUGGAGAAGGCGUACCGUUACCUUCGCCUAUGCAUGGAGGAUCCUUUCGCCCUCCACUUAUGCCGUGAUUCGUACGAGAAGGUGCGCGGCAUUCUCUUUCCAAAGAUGACAGAGAUGGAGCAACUCAUUGACUAUGCCUCGCUGAUGGUGUUGGAAUCUCAGAAGGCGACGUACCUUCGCCAGGCUGGCGUCAUCGCUUUGCAAAAGUACCGCAAGCCGUGCGUUGCGCAGCAGCUUUUUGGCGAGGCUAUGGACCGCUGGAAUAAUUCGAAGCUGUACUGGGUCUCUGAUGAGGUGAAACGGAGGUCUGGUGAUGCCACGUACUGCAACGCUCUCUACUGGUACGUGCAGUCCUCCUUGGAGUGCGAGGCGCAAGACAUGGCCGGCACAGUCGAGUCGCCGAACGCGGAGGACAAGGAGGAUAGCGGUGGCGAUGAUGUCGACUCUAGCAGCUUCAAGGUGUCGAGGAGGGACAUCCCUCUCACACCGCAGGAGGCAGCGCAGCGGGCGGUCACAGCAGGGGAGCGUCUCCGUUCUUGCGACACUGACUGGCAUCAGGUUCUGUCGGAGCUUCAGUAUAACCUCCCCACUAUUCCUUAUCGCAUGACGCAGUACCUCACCGUGGGUGAUAGCACAGGCAACGUGCUCAGCCACUACGCCAACUACACUCAGAGGAACACGCCGGAACGGAACGAGGUGUUGCUCAUCUUUCUGGACAUCACCGUGCGCCAGUACUGCCAUAUCCACACGCUGUUAAACGACGCGCACGUGCGUAAGGAGGUCAACAGCAGGUUCAGAUUUCAUCUGCAGUCUAUCGAGCGUGGUUUUCCGAUUUUCCGCCAGCAUCGUCUGGCGGACAUGCGCACGUCGCAGCGCGAGCUCAAGAUGACGACGACGCUCAAUUCCACACAGCAGCACGCACUGAAGCUUAUUGUAGCCAUGGCGUCCUGCUCGAGUGAUCUUUCAUUUUUGGCAGUUUAG